GUAUAUGCGGAAGAAUCGCGGCCAAAACGGUAAAACUGCUAAGCUCCUAAUGUCGAAUAGUACAAUCCAUUUCGAGCGAUUUUCCCUUUGUUUUAGUGUUAUUAAAUUCCUUUCACGUGCAAAAAUACAUGCAAAUAAUUUUGAGAAUGCAUAUUCAUAUAUUUUAAAAGGGAAUUCAACUGCUGCGGAAGCAACGGCCAAUCAUUGACAAAUUCCAUUAAUCAUUCGCGGCUAAUAUUGAAAUUUAAUGCACAUAUAGAGUAUAAACAUAUAUACAAUGAAUAUCCUAUUCUUACAUCAUGAAUGCAGAAGUGCUGGCGCUGAUUUUCAGCGUUUCGGAAAGACAAAACCAUAAUUGAAAAGCGGAGACAAAUUGACAUACCGGAGUGAGUUCAUCAACGAUUGCUAUAGCUAUAGGUAUAGCCAACAUCUAACAAAAACAAUAAUAAUUCAUCGGCAAGAUCGUCGUGUGGGCGCAAAUUGUGAUUGUGAUUGUGGACUAUAACAGUUCAUUGCCCUCGUCGAUUUCGGCGGCGGCGACACUCGUACAUACCUAGGUCCUAUUCAAAUAAAAAAUAGAACCCAUAAAUACAUCACUCAUUACUAACCAAUGCUCGCUAAUAAUGUCUGCUAAUGCUUCAGCUGCCGCUGCCGCACAAAUUACACCAAAAAUACUUAAUGAUAUUAACAUGACAGAAUCAAUUCACAAACUCAAUCAGAGCCACGCACACAAUCAAAUGAUUGAGCUGCAGAAGGUGCAUGCUAUUCCAUUGUCUGAAGACCCGCGCACAUUGCAACUGGCAUUGGAGCUCUCCUUGGUCGGGCUCAAUGAGAGCAACCAGAAUAACAGCUACGCUCAGCCAAUACUCUCGCAAGGUGACUACGACAUCGGCGCCAUCAAUGUGGUGUCCGCUGCAUUUAGCAGGGCUGAUCUAGGACCGAUGAACAAUCUACCGCUACCACCGACUACUGCAUCUGGGCUUCUAAUGGCUUCCGUCGGCCUGGAGGACAGAUCGAAGAAGUCCCAAAAUAUGACUGAAUGUGUUCCAGUUCCCAGCUCCGAGCAUGUUGCUGAAAUCGUGGGACGACAAGGAUGCAAGAUAAAAGCUUUGAGGGCAAAGACAAAUACCUACAUCAAGACUCCAGUGCGCGGAGAAGAGCCCGUUUUCGUGGUGACAGGCCGCAAAGAGGAUGUGAACAAGGCCAAACGGGAAAUUCUCUCAGCUGCCGAUCACUUUAGCUUGAUUCGGGCCUCACGAAAACCGUCAAUAGAGGGAUCGAAUAGCGGAAUAAGUGGAAGUGGUAAUUCGGGUUCAAUGACCGUGGGCAUUGUUGCCCGCGCGCAGUCCGGGCCGCCCUGUCUGCCCGGCCAGAUCACAAUCCAGGUGCGUGUACCCUACAGAGUCGUGGGCCUAGUUGUUGGGCCGAAAGGUGCCACCAUUAAGCACAUACAACAAGAAACACAAACAUACAUUGUCACACCGUCUCGAGAAAAGGAACCCAUAUUCGAGGUAACCGGACUGCGCGAGAAUGUGGAAACCGCACGCAAGCAAAUCGAGGCUCAUAUAGCCCUACGUACGGGCAAUAGCACUCACGGCAGUGAGAGUGGUACGGAAACAUUAGAGUCGAGCGAGUAUGCUACUUUGCACACGAUUAAUACGCUCAGUCAGAUACUGAAUGACGAUCUCAACUCAGAUAUCUUGUCAUCGAUCUACAAGAGCGACAUUUCACCCAAUAUUAAUUACGCAGAUAACUCGCUUAGUGUCAUAGAUAAUCUUUCAAAUUCGAACACUGCCAAUUCUAUCAUGCCCUUGCAUAAUUUAACAAAGUGUUUUCCAAAUUCUGAUCUAGUAGAUCUCACGUCUAAGGUAUCUAAUACAACAAUAACAACAGCAACAGCAACAACAACGGACAGAAACUUCGCGCUGGCGCUAACAGGCACUAUAAACGAACUUAACGUGCCCAAUAGCAAUACCAAUACCAAUACCAAUAUCAAUACAAGUAGUAAUAGCAAAUCUUUGUCAUUCUGUCCGCCUACGUCCGCUUCUGUAAAUGUUUCAUCUGGCCCGUGCCAAUCAAUCUCAGCCAACAUAUUAACGCGCUCAUGUUCAUCCGCCUCCUCGACAGCAUCAACCAAAAGCACGAACAACAGCGCCAAUAGUACUAACAGCGUUAAUACUCCCCCAGAGCUAUUGAAUAUUUGGAAAAAUUUAAAUGAUUCAAUUGACGUUGAUGAGGGCAUUGGAGACUCUCCCAGUAUUUGGAAUCUUCCAUCAGCCACAACAGCCGCAGUGGCAUCCCACUGCUCGCCAACGGCCUCAAUCAGUCCAACGGAUUCGCUGCUUGGAGAGCACAGCCUAAACAUAAGCCAGAAAACUGGUGGCAACAACAUCUUCAAGGAGCCAUGCAGCAAAAUCGGUUCUUCGCCUCUAGAACAUCAUCAUCAGCGAAACAUAUUGAAGAGUAGCUCGGACAAAUUGCAUUCCGACAAAAUGCAUCGUGAAUGCUUUGUGUGCAAUGAAAGAGAAGUGACGACCGCUCUAGUUCCCUGCGGACACAAUAUGUUUUGUAUGGACUGUGCCAAUCAGAUUUGUGUCUCAAUGGAGUCCAUCUGUCCCGUAUGCCACUCAAUUGUUUACCAUGCCAUGCGUAUUUUAGCAUAAACUACAUGUCGUUCGUAUGUGUCGAUUUUGUUCUUCGACAAUUUGCAAUCUGGAAAAUUUCGACUUAAGUUAUUUCAUAGUACAUGACUUAUUGACUAAUUGACUAAUUGACACAUUGACAUAUUAAAAAAACCAAAAUAAAAGAUUAAUUUGGUUUGGUCGUGCUAAUACCGAAGAUACAAGACACAUAAGCAUAACAUAUGAUCCAUACAAUAACCAAACUUUCAAUCAAAUCUGACGUUUUAAACUAUGUAAAAUUUUGUCUAAGAAAACAAUUUUGUUUAAGAUAACAAAAAACAAAUUCGUAAUUUGAGAGCUUGGCAACGGUAAAUUGAAGAUUUGCUCAUAGAUAUGAUUAAAUAGGUCCGAUUAUACGGGUGGCUAGAUCGAUUUGAUACUUAGGAAGUUUAUAUAUACUCGAAAUGGAGUACGAAAAUAAUAAUUCGCUCUACGAUGUAACAACAACCAUCUCUCUAAUGAUUUGGAACAAUUUUUAUGAAUUAUACCUGCAUUAUAAGUAAUUGACCUUAAUCGAUUAAAAAACAAUAUUUAUUUCUAAGAACUAAGAGACUAUAUAAACAAAUUUUUCUUUCAAGAUCUUCAUUUUUUAUACCUGAUCCCAUUUGAAAAUGGGAAAUCAUGGUAUAAAAGUUUUGUGCAAAUGUAUGUAUGAAACAGGCAGAAGGAUGCGUGCAGAGCCCAUAAAGUAUAUAUAUUCUUGAUCAGGAGGAUAAGCCGAGUCGAUUGAGCCCUGUCCGUCUUUCUGUCCGUAUGUGUGAGCGCGCUGAUCUCAGCACCUAUAAGAUCUAGAGACUACUUUUGUUGUAGUGCUUCAAAUAUUCAAUAACUAUUCCUGUUUUAUUGUAAUCGAAUAAAAACAUGAUCGAAAUUCGGUUAAUAAAUUAUAUCUCGUACGCCAAAACAGCUAAA